CUGAUGUGUAGGAAAAUUAAUUUGAAGUAACACUGGCACUCAGCAGCUGUUUGGAUUUGUGACAUAACCUUAACUGCUGGUCUCAGAGAGGUAUACUUUAUUUUGAUGGUUAUUAUAUUGGUGAAGUAAAAGAAAAAUGAAUAUUUGCAACCUGGUUAAAACUACCAUUAAUGUACAAAAACAACUAACACGGCAAUAUGCAUUUAAAUCGGAUUUAAAAAUAAAAUGGGUGCGACCGGAAAAAAUAUCUUGUAUUAAACCCGAAAAAAGUGGAGACUGCACCAAAUUACCGCCACUAAAUCCUCAAGAAUAUAUUCCUGAAUUUCAAAAUUCAAAGGAAUUAGAAAAUGCCGAUCCUAUAGUGCAAAGCAUAUUUCAAAUGGGUAACUGCGAACACCACUACACUUCUAGACAUCAUCGUUUAACUAUGAUAAAGGAGGUGCAAAGACAUUCUCUAGAUUAUGGUUCGAUGGAAGCGAAACUUGCGAGAAUGACGGGUCGAAUACGCAGCCUUCAGGAAUAUAUGGAAAAAUUCCCAAGAGAUAAAAAGAAAAAAGUUAUUUUGAAGGAGUUGAUUGAUAAACGUAAAAAGUUUCUAAAAUACUUGCGCCGUUGGGACUAUGCUCGUUUUGAAUGGAUAUUAGAAAAACUUGAUUUAGUAUAUAAACCACCACCAGAAUAUUUCCAUUGGAUAACACGCAAAGAAUCAUUACAAAAACUAACCAACACAUAUUGUGAAAAUAUUAAAGAAGCACGUUUAGAAGAGUAUCGUAAAAAAUUAGAAGAUGAACAAAUACCAUUUUUAGAAGAAGCUAUAAAGCAAUUGAGUAAGGCACGUCAGGACCAAAUAGAUUGCGAUGUCCCAAUUACUAUCACAGAAGAAAAGAUAAAUGAAAUGAAAAUUGAUCUUGAAAAUUUGAAAGUCUUUAGAGCAUCAAACAUGUCUAACAAAAAUGGUGAAGAUCUGUUUUAAACUCAGUUUCAUUUUUUUCAGCAAACAAACGAUAUAGUAGUUAUACAUAAUAAAAUAUUUAAUAUAUUAAAAA